AUGAUAGUUGAAGCUUUAUGUGCACACCUUAGCUGGGAACAAUUCUACAUGAACGAACCUAUUACAGACGACCAUACUAAUGUUGCUACUUAUCAAGAUUAUUCUGGCUCAAAUAUUAAAGGCUUAUAUGUACACCAAUCCCAAUUUAUUAGUCUCAAUGGUGACGGUGCAGGUGCUAUACUCAUUCAAGCUCACAAAUUUUCAUUAUUUGAAGAUCUGCUUUUCUUUGAUUGUUCAUCAUAUCAAGAAGGUUCGAUAACUGCACACCAAGGAUACAUAAUCUUUAAUAAAAUUUGUACAAAAUACUGUCGCGCAGAAAAAGGAUCGUUUAUCUACUCAAAUGCUCCAAUUCAAUUUCAUCUUACAACAGCUUUCAAUUGUUACGCUUCCGGAGAUGAUUCUUCUGAAAGUUCCACAAUGGUUUUGUUAAAACCAGCAGAAAACGUACUUUUCCUAAAAUCUACAAAUUUAACUGAAAAUAACGCAGAAGGAGCUUCUGGCAUAUACAUUGGAUCAGGAAAUAUUACGUACUCCUCAUUUAUUAACAAUAAAUGCAAGACAAACAAUUGCUUUAGGACUUUUGACGCAUUUGAAUUAAUUGAUCAUAUAAACUUUGUAAAUAACAGUGUAACAGAAGCGACAAACGGAGUUUCUCUUUAUAUAUCUCCAUCAAGCGAAUCUAUUACAAUUCUCAUAACAAAAUCCAUAUUUAAAUUUAAUAUGGAAAAUAACCAGAAAUUUGUAAAAGCUGAAAGCGAAGUUUUAUUUAAAGAUUGUUAUAUGAAUGAAAUACCAGCAGAUCAAUCCAUUUCUUCCAUUAAUAAUGAUAAUUCAAGUCAAACAUUAGCAAUUACAUUCUAUUUCUAUGAAAACUAUUGUUUCACAGAUCCAACUGCAACUCCAUCUCCAUCUGAUAUCCCUAAAACUCCAUUUGCUACAGUAGAACCUUCUUCAACACCUGCAAAUUCAAUUUACCUGAAUGAAUCACAAACAAAGAAAUUUCCUAAUUGGGGAAUCGCAAUAAUUGUUGUAGGAAUACUUAUUGCAAUAAUAAUUAUGGUAGCUGUUUUCCUAAUUUAUAAUAAAUUUAAUAAAAAUGAUGUCUCUAGCGAUUCAAUGGAAAGUGAACAAGCAAAGGCUCUUAAUUCAUCAUUGUACCCUGAAACAGUUAAAUACGAACCAGGAAAUACAGGAGAAGGCGAAGAUGAUCCAUUUAAGAAAGAAUUUGAUGGAAGUGAUCAAUCUAUUGAUGAAGUACCUUGUGUAUAA